AUGAUGAAAAAUUUGAAAAAUGUGGCGUCACAAAAUUUAUUGUCGCCCAACCGUCUGAUAAAACCAUCAAAGAAACAAAGCAAGACGGAAGAAAACGACUGGUUAUUAGUUGCUACAAACUGGUAUUUUUGGAUUUAUACAUGGACAUUAAUGUUAGUUGCAAUUAUUGGCUUAGGCGCCACUAUUAUGCUAAUGGUCGUCUUACGAUUCACUACUAGAAUGGAGAGUAUAGAGUUUUUAACUGAUAGUGAGCUGACUAAACUUAUGGGCAAUAUAGAUUUAGACGAUAUAUAUAAAGUUGAUGGCAUUAUGGAAGGGUUUAAAGAUAUACCAUUAGAAAUGGCGAGUGAAAAUAACAAUAUACUUAUACAUGUUGUCAACCCAGAAGAUAAAAGUUUGGAAUCUGCUAUUGAACUUGGAUUCACUAAAACACAAGUGAAAAACAUUAAUUCAUUCACAGUGGGAGAUCCAGAAAAUCCUAUUUUUACCACAUCAUUUCCAAACUUUGGACUUCCAGAAGGUGUCCGUCACUUAGAUGUAGCCACAGUAUACACUAAUCGGAUAGUAAGUCCAAUAAACGAAACUCUAACAUUGAAAUCUUCAAAUUAUACUCGGCUGAAAGGUAAUGAAGGAACUACUAUUGAUGGAUCUAAAAUAAAAUGGUCAGCCGAAGGAGAUAUAUUUCUCAGAUCGGUAAAUGGUACAGUAGUACUGAGUUCUGCAGGCAUUUACUUGGAUGUACAAAAUUUACCAGUAGUACUGUCAAACAAAUUUGCUGCUCAUCAAUAUAAACUAUGUAUAUGUAUGCCGAGUGGAAUGGUAUUCAGAGUCCCAGUGUCAACAAGCUACAAUUCUUACAUGGCUUGCAGUAUGAUUGAUCUAGGAGACAGCAAUCAUCCAUGCAAAUAA